UGCUAGUUUGUAUUGUAACUAUCGUAUGUGAUGUGAACCCUUCAAAUGUCAGUCAUUUCAUUUUCACGAUUUAUGAUUUUUCUUCUUGGAAAUCCGGAAUUUGGGAAAGUCACGUAAUAUCUUGAUUAAGUUUGACUCGUAUAAAAGCAAGAACGUCGUCUCAACAUUGGCAGUCUACUAAACUUUUGCGAAUACGUAAAUAUUCCACGUUGUGUGUCAAGCAAGAUUGAUUUUUAUUUUAUUUUGUUCUAACAGUGGCUUAUUGAUACAAAUAGCUAAUAAAAUCACUAUAUUGUGACGUGGUAUCAAUUAACCCGACUUUUGGACGUGCUAUGAUGUGAAAUGUGAAGUAGAAAUAAGCUAGCAGAGUAAUGGAUGAGAGUACUAAGAACUCCCCUUGUAAGGAAUGCGAUGCGGGUGCAGAUGGACAGUUGCAGGCAGAGGUACUCCAUCUGCGGCAACAUCUGGCUGAAAGGGACGGCCAUAUUUUAGCGCUUGAAACUGAAUUCCUCAAGUGUUCCUCUAGAGUCAACGACUUGGAAGAACAGGUCGACACUUGGAGAGAAAAAUAUGAAAGAUUAUAUGAUUCCCACAAAAGAGUUCAAAAGUUAAAUCAAGUUUUAGAAGACAAGUUACUUCAAAUAGUGGAUAAGAUGAAGAGUGAGAAAAGUCAGCUCACAAAAGACAUAGCCACGCUCUCUGUAAGGCUUGCUGAGUCUAAGCAUAACUAUAGCAUGUUACAGAAGGAAAAUGAGAGAUACAAAAAUGACAUGAAUCUAGCCAUUCAGCUGUUGCAAUGUAAACCUGACAACUUCGUGUCGCAAAAACUAGACAACCUUCCUGUUGACACUCAGGCGCGUGUUUCGCAGUACGUUAUGUCCAAAACAACGAAGGCAUCGAGCAGCGCGCCAUCUAAAAAUGGUAACGAAACCGACACUUUCGACGCGAGUGAGUAUGAGUUUAACAUAUCCGCCUCCCUCAUGACGAAGAUUUUAGAAGACAGCAUUCAGGAUAGUGUCACCAAACACUGUGAUACGUGUUCUUGCAGUAAAUCUCAAACCAAACCAUUCUGCUACAAUGAAAGUUACUAUUCUGUAGCAACACAAACUACCUUGACGGGUGAAAUGAGCAAUUCACUCUGUCUAACUUGCAAUUCUGAAAACAAAUCGAACCAUUCCGAUUUGAGUGAAAAGGGCUCCUCAUCUCAAGGCAUUAAACUAAUAAAUGACAAGAAAAUUGGUUUAACUGGACCCUUAUACAUAAUACCUCAACCUUCUGUUGAUGCUCAAAAUGAUCAGGAUGAUGCAAGUGAGAAGACAAAAAACAAUUGCAUAAAUGAAAAUAUUAAUAAAUUUGUUGAUGAGAAUAAAGUGGAUAUAAAUGUACACAACAAUACAGUUCCUAAAGCGAUGGAAGACUUGAGGCAUUACAGAAAACCGAAUAGUAUCAAUAUGGAACCAGCUGUGCAUCACAAACUUUGUGAUAGAACAAAGACCUCAAUAUCAAGCAAGAGAAGCAGUAGUCACAGCGUCGGUCAAGACGAUUUGCUGUCUAAAGAUAACUUAACACCUGUCAUAGAAGUGAAACCAAGAUCUGAAAUACAAGGGGAUAACACAAGUUUGAGAAAGAAUUCUCAUAGCUCAAUUGGAGCAUUGAGCAGGACUUCUUCAGUGGCAAAGUCCACAGUGAGCACUCAUAAGUCUAAUACUCAAGUAGGACCCGGACCCAGGUUCUGUCACUUACGCAUGCAGGCUGGAUCUAAGAAUAUACUGCUUGAUAAUGCCGAGCCCAACGUACCCCCUGUCCUAUACAGACGUCAGAGUAAAUGUAACGAAAACGCCAUCUACAAAGAUCUCAACGAAGGGUUGGAUAAUUUUAUUGAUAUACAAAAACCUGAAGACGAUACCAAAGAAGACGUUAAGAAUGAUAACAUUGUGGUAGAAAGUACUCUUAUCGAUGUUCAUGUUGACAACAAUAGCAAAGAACCUAGUAUAGUCGCCAAGAGUACUCCAAUUAAUCCUAUCUUAUUGAAUGUUUCUUCAUCACCACUACAACCAUUGAAGACUCAUAAUUUUUCCAAUGGCUCUGAAAAUAAUAAUAAUAAAUCACUGAGUAUUGGAAGUCCACAAAAUACUUCCGAAGUUGAUAAUAUUUUACUAAGUGAUUUUACUGAAGUAAACGCACAAAACAAUAAUCUGGACAACAAAGAUAUUAAGAAACUAGAUGUUAUGACUCCUACAGAUGAGCAUGAUGUUAAAAUAUUUAACUUCGACCGCUAUGAGCAAAACAAAAUUACUAGUCACAUACCUCGACCUUUAAGAAAAAUUGAUAUGUCGCAACUCCAUUCUAUUGAAAAUACGAAAAUCUCCAAAGAUUUCUCACCUCAGGGAGGUUUUACAAAGAUCGACAAAAAAGUAGAUCCUAGUAAAUCUGUUUUGCCGGCUAUUGUCAAUGUUUACCCGAAUCUGACUCAAACUCAUUUAAAGGCGAAUGACCACAAAAUAUUGUUCACAAACGAACAAAGUACGAGUUCACUAUCUAGUGACGAUAGUGCUGCGAUUUUACAGAAGCAGCAAUUGCUAAGAGUCGCCGAGUGGGUAGAGCAGAAUUUGGAGCAACAAAAUAAUUUCAACGACCCUUUAGAAGACGAGGUCAGUUUUAAUACCCGAAUGGCGCGACGAGAUAGUAAAUUGAACAGAUUGACUGCGACGCUUAAUGAGCUCGCGUUAAACAUGCCUCAUCCGGUCAGUAAGUAUGCCAAGCCUUACAUAAGGGAUACUGAUAAUUCCUGGGUGAAUAACAACACCAACAUGGCCCAUAACGCAAAGCCGGAAAGAUUGGUGACGCAAAGUAUCGCCGUGGUUCACGCGAAGCCUGUUCCUAAUAUUACGAAGGAAACAAUUUUCCCCGUUGAUUGCGAUGAUGCGGCUGUAACCGAAACAAACGAUAAUGCUAGCAGGAGUGAUAUUACCAAUUUUGAAUCCAAAAAAUUUAGGGAGACUUUUAAAGCUAACGGUGAAAUAACUCCCGAAGACUUAGCGCGAAUGGAAUAUAACGUGAAGAAAUUCUUGUUAAGUGGCCCUUAUUGGGCGACGCCUGAUUCUACAGGCAGGAGCCGUCGCACAAGCAGCAAAACUGAGACUGAUGUUUAAUUCCAAUGUAGGUAGAAGGAUAGUUUAAACAUUCAGAGGUGUUUGUGUUUGUCUGUCAAAUUGCUUUUAAUGAUGAUUUUUUGACGAAACAAAUGUUGAGGGUUUAGCGACGGAUUAAUGU